AUGGCAUUAAAUGAUAUAAUUGUCAGAUGCAAUUCAUCUAAUCAGAAUAUAUAUGAAUAUGAAGAAUCAGAAUAUUCAGAAGAUUUAGAAAUGGUAAAUAAUGAAUAUGAAUUAGAUCGGUUAAUUUAUAAUAAAAAUAAGAAGUCAAAAUUAUGGACGGAUAAUUUUGAUAUUGAAGAUAGCAUUUUGGAUCAUUUUAAUAUUCAAGAAGACUUUAGUUUUGAUAGAAUAAAUAUAAAAAGUAAAAAUAAGACUUCAUGUAGUAAAUAUAAGCCAAAAUUAAUAUUUAAGUUGUGUAUUGAAGAUAAAUAUCCAUUUUAUGGAUAUUAUAGUAAACCUAGGAGAAUGAUAAAAGUACAAGUAUAUAAUUACAGGAAUAUAUUACAAUUAGCUAGUGAAUUAUCAAAAAGACCAAUUGAGUUUAAUGGUAUCUGUUUUGAAUGUUUUGAAGUUCAUAUACCUCUAAAAUCUCCAUUACCGAAAAAAAUACGAAGCCUUGAUCCUCCACACAAUCAAUGGAAAAAGGAAAUAAUACUAAAUUCAAUAGAUCAUUUAAGAUGUAUUGAAGAUCAUGCUAGAAAAAUUAUUACUAAUAAGUUAUUCCCUAUAUUUUUUACAGAAUAUAGCCACUAUUUUGAUAUUAAAAAUAAGCGUAGUGUUGAUUGGGAUAAUAGUGUUGAACUAGAAGCUGAUACAAGUGUUAGUGAUAUACUCAAUCCUUUUAUAUAUUCACAAUUAAAUAAUAGAGGAUAUAUAACUCCGAAAUGUAUACAAAAUAUUGAAGAUAAUAUAGAAAACUGGUACCCUAGACUAAUACCAUGUUUGAACAAAUACUGGAGAGAGGUAUCUAAUGAUCCUAUUACUCAACAUAUUACCAGAUUACAGAAUUUUCAGGAUAACAGGAAACCUAAUAGUAAUUUAGAUCAAAGGAGUGAAGAUUAUAAGAACCAAUUAAUACAAACUAUCACAUCUGGAAUUGACAUAAUAUUAAAUAGAUGUAAGACAAUAAAUAAAAGUAAAUAUAGAGGAUUAUUAGAAUUUUUGCGUAGUAGAUAUCCUAAUUAUAAAAAUACCCGUAUAAAUUUUGAGAGACAAGAGGCUAGAGAUGAAAAUUCAGAUAGACCAACCUGUCAAUUAGAAACUGAUAAGACCCCACAAGAGUUAUACGUGUAUCUACCGCCUACAUCGAUACAAACCCCGCCUAUAGAGGAGACAAUAUUAGAAUAUUUUAAUACAGAAUAUGAUUUGUCAAAUAAUAACAAGAGUUCAGAAGAAUGUCAUCCUAAUGAUAUACUACAAUAUAACAAUUCAUUUAAAUAUGUUAUUGGCGCCCAAAGCACUCUAUUUUAUAAAGAUACAGAAAAUAAAGGAAUUGUAUAUAGUCAAGAACUAGAGAUUAUUGAUGUAGAUUCUCAAGAGACUAUAGAUAAUGCUUGUUUAUUUCCUACACUUGAACCAGCUGCUUUUUUAGAUCCAAUAGACUUUAUAUAUCCUAGAUCAAAUAAAUUGACAAGUUUAGAAUCUGUUUUUUUAUUCAAGGGUACAUUUGUAUAUAAAAUAGCCCCAUCUACAACUAGUGAAGUUUUAGCCUCACUUGGACUUGAUAAAUCUAUAAUUAGUAAAUAUGAACUAUUUGAGAAAUCCCCUACAAAGGAAAUUUCAAAUGAGAUAGAAAAUAUUAGUAACUUAGAAAAGUACAAUUCUGAAGAUUUGGAUGAGAUUAAACAUAGGGAUAGUUAUGAUAUAGUUGAGCCAGUUUCAAGAUAUUCUGAUGUAAUUGUAGAUACUCCAAUAAAUUAUAAUAGAAGUAAUCCUCUUGAUGAUAGUAUUAUUGCCUUAGCCUACAUAUUACGCAGUAAGAAAUAUAAUGAAGAAAUAGUAUCUGGUCUAAUUAUUGUGGAUAAGGAAACAACUGUAAAAUAUUCAGAUCCUACAAAUUCUAUAAAUCUUAUAAACCAUUCUUUACUAAGAAUGAAUACUGAAAUAGAACUUAUUAAUGCUAUAGUUAAAUUAUUUCAUUAUUAUGACCCACAUAUAGUAUUAGCUCUAGAUAAUAAUAUAUAUGGUCGUAGAAAGUCUAAUUCAUUUAAACUUCAAUUUAAUAAACCAGAAAGACGCAUUAACGGAAGAAUAUUACUUUAUAUUGACCGAAUUAUAAGAUUAGAAUACAAUACAUUAGAUACAAAAAUUUAUUCAAUUAUAAAACUUAUUCUUAACAAUAUUAUACAAAACAUUAAUCCUCCAGUUUUAGCAAUGUGGUGGAAAUAUACACUUCCAAAUUGUGAUACUAGGUAUUUUAAUUCUGGUAAACAAGAAAGCUCCUCCAUAGCAUAUAAAUCAUUUAGAUAUAAGGUUGUGAGUUAUAUUUUUAAGAAAUUAAAUAUGUUAUAUGAAAUAUUGGAUAAAUUAGGAACUAUCCCAAAAUAUAUUGAAUGGUCACAACUUUAUGGAUUAGACUUUCUUUCAAUACAAACUCAUGGAUCUCAGUAUAGAGUAGAAUCUAUAUUACUAAAAGCUUGUGAGAGGCAUAACUUUGUAUUAUUUUCACCAACUAAAGAAUAG